AUGGAUCCGAUCCAAGCUACCAACGAGCUCGCUUUUCGGGUCGGGUUCUCCGGCCACAGUUGUCACCUCCGUUUGGAGCCGCUCUCCACGGCGGAGGAGUGCCGUAACCCGCUCCGCUCCAUUCCGGAUUUCAUUUCGGUCAGUCACCUCAUUGUUGACCCCUACACUUUCUCCCUUUACUCUGUUUUCAUACUCUCUAGCAUGCUGGGUUUUGAUAUCAUAUAUGUCGUUGAUCUAUUUGUGAUUGGAUUUCUUAUUGUGUUUGUUUGUUUGAUGCUAACCUGUGCAUAUGAGAAGACAAGUGUGGCUCUUCAACAACAACAGCUUCUGUUUAACAGGAAGAAGCAAGUUAGGAAUUCUGAGAAGUUGAGUGCUCUUGGUGUUAAGGAUGAUGAUUUGUUGAUGAUGGUAUCUAGUGCUGGUGCUAGUGCCGCUGCUUCUAGUGGAUCUACCAAUGAUUUGAGCUUAAAUACUGAUGGGUCAGCUCUUUCAGGUAAGUUAUUCCGUACGCACCAUGUUAGGGACACCCACCAAAUGAGCCAUCUCUAUGAGAGUGAUCCAGAGUUGGAACAAGCUAUUUUAGGGAAUGAUUUGAACAAAUUGCAGGAAGUUUUACGAUUGCGUCAUCAUCAAAGAGAUGAAUUAAAGUGUCAGAAAGAAGAAGAGCUUGCUUUUCUUUAUGCUGAUCCUUUGGAUGUUAAAGCACAAAAGAAGCAAUCGUGGGCUCGUUGCACCGUUGCCACACCUUAA